AUGAGUCGGUUUAAGGGCUGUCGACUGGUCAUUGGUGCUAAAUCUGCACAAAGCGUCUCAUCUGCACUGGCUUAUCUGGUUCGUACGUGUUUGCCUUCGUGUGCUCCUCUUCUUCUGUCGCACGAUCCUGUCCUGCUUCUUGUGUGUCACACUCCAGUCGACCAUCAUCCUCCUGACUUUCCGUGUGUGAUUCGACAACUCCCAGAGAUAAUUGCACUUAUCGGCUCAAACGGCUGCUGGUACAGGCCGCAUCGGUCAAGCACAUUCCUCUUUUGCUCGACAGCGGCUGUCGAUCCCGACCCUCCGACCGGUCGAAUGGGGAACUGCAUUCCCUUCCAGUUGGACGGGGCGGCCGAUCUCGUCGUCCGGUCGCCUCGUCUUCUCGCCGGCGACCUCAGAGGUCCCGGCAGCCCAGUCGGCGGCCGACUCGAACGGGUCGACACGGAGCCGUCCGUGCUCAUCUGCCGGUCAGCGGCGAUCGCCAUUUCCACGCCGCUCGUCGAUCCCGCCGGCUCAGACAGUCAUGGGCCACGGACGCCGCGGGUUUUUGUGCGCAAGUUGCUCGAGCCCAAGUCGGACGGCCCGUCUUCGGCCGACGACGAGGCCUGGCCGGCCGGUACCCCGUGCCCCUGGACGAAGGAGGCCUCGCCCGAGGCCCGGGAGCUGGGUUUCGCCCACCUCGGCUCGCCCACAUCCACCGUCUACAGCCCCACAUUGCCCGGCAACUGCACCAGCCCGGCCCGGCUCGUCAUGCCGCCAACUGAGGCCGGACUCGGGCAUCCCACUGCCGCCGGCUCUAGUUGCCUAGGCGCCCAAAUCAGCGGUCCUGUCGCCGGGCAGGAGGACAGCGGAUUCAGCAGUGGCUCCAUCCUGGCCUCCUGGCCUCGGACGGCCCAUGCGGUACCGGCCGGUCUGACUCCGCACGAGGAGUCGCCGAUUCUGGAGCUGACGACUUCGCUCACCGACCUGGUCGCCCCUGGCAACCUCCAGUCGUCAAGGCCAGAUGCCACG